UUUAUUAUACAUCAGUUCAAUUCGAAUCUAAUGACAUUGAUCUUGUAACGCUAAUAUGUUUCUUAUAAGAAAGACACAAAUUACAAAUUAAGUAUUGUUCUUUGAGUUGAGUAGAUUUUAACACAUAAACCUAAGUUUAAAUAAUACACAAUCAUGUGCAUCUUAUUCAUUAGUAGUGUACAACAUAUAAUUGGUGGAUACCGUUUAAUUAUUGCAUCUAACCGAGAUGAAUUCUAUAAUCGACCAACGUUAUCAGCAGAUUAUUGGUCAGAAGAUCAAGACAUUAUCGGAGGUAAAAUAUUGUACAGCCAAGUAUAAUCAAACUACUUAAUUAGGUACCUAUUAAUUGUUACUUGUAUUUAAUCUGCAGGACGUGAUUUAGAGCCAACUAAUGUGGGUGGCACCUGGUUAGCAUUAAAUAUCCGUGGCAAAUUUGCUGCUCUAUUAAAUAUAUUUGAGUUAUCUAACAAACCAAAUGCUAAAUCUAGAGGAACACUAGUUGAGGACUUUGUCAAGAACAAUACUUCAGCUCCAGAAUACAUGCAACAAUUGAAUGAUGUAUACAAUGGAUUUAAACUGGUCACAAUCACCAUAAGGUCAGCCUGAAUAAUUUUAAUUCCAAUUUAAUAUAUCAAAAAUAAUUUACGUUGCUUAUAUGUGUAUAAAGCAAUUCAUUAUUAGACAUACAUUUAUUUACCAAUAUUGUACAAGAUGAAGGCCCAGCAAUGAGACACUUAAUUAAUGGUGUGCAAGGAUUUGGAAAUGGUUCAUAUAUAAAGGUGACUGAAGGAGAAAAACGUUUCAAUGGCAUUGUUAAAAAAUAUGGGCAUAGUGAUACAAAAAAUACACUGAUUAAAGAACUGCUACAACUUUUGAAAUGGAAUAAGCUGUAAUAUGAAUAUUUAAAAGUUACAAGCCUCGUAAUUCGAUGCUGUAACAUUAAGUGCCAUGACACCAGAGUUAAAUAGCUUACUAUGGUGCUGCAACACAAUUGUCUCAUAUCUAAAAUGUUUGAUAUGCAAUACCAUAUGUUAUGCAAGUCAUGGUACUUAGUGUCUUGCUGUAAUAUUAUCGUAUGAUCGAGACUUACGUAUUAAAAUGUUUAAUUUAAACCUAUUACAGACAUUAUCCUGAUGAAGAGUUAAUUAAACGGGCUUUAAAUCAUCCAGACAAAGACAGCCAAAAGCCAUUUAGUUCUGUUUUUGUGGAAAUACCAGAACAACAGUAUGGUACUCGGUAAAUAUUAUCACAAAUUACAAUUAAAUUUUAGAUUUGAUGGAUUUUUUGUUUGUUAGUUUUACAAAGAAAUAAAAGUAAAUAUUUUUAUACUUAAAAUUUUCUUCAAAGCAAUACAAUUUGUUAAACAAAGAUUCAUCCAAUUACUAGUAAUAAUUCAAUAUUAAUAUGUAAUAUUGUAAUUUUUCAAAAUAUCUAAAUAGUAUACUCAAAAAUUACAAACAAAUUAAAGAAAAAUUUUGACAUGCAAAUUCCACUUAGAUAUAUGUUUUUUAAAUACAAUGGUUUGUAUAGUUUUUCAAUAAAAAUAAAAAAUAAUUGUACGAUAAAAUUAUAGUGGCUUUGAUUUAAAAUAAUCUAUAUGAAAUAUAUUUGUAUUUUUAUUUACUAUAUUAAUUUAGUUUUUCAUUUUAGAACACAUACAAUUAUAUUACUAGAUCAUGAUGGCAAAAUAGAAUAUGGUGAAUGGACAAUGAUUAAUUCAAAUUGGGAACAACAAUGUUUUAUGACAGCACUAAAAUGUGAAACAUAGACUAUACAAGAUAGUUUUCAACAUAAAAAAAUCUUAUAUUUUAAAUUGUUAUUUAUAUUAAAAAUGUUAAAUUAUUAAAUAAUGAUUGUCAUUAUGACCAAGUGAAAGAAUGUGGUUAUCACAACACGUACAGUUGCAGGUACAAAUCCUGGUCAAUUUGCGAUAAGAUGAUUGUCUUGAGACUAACAUCUCUUACCUUAAGCAUAUAAAUCAAAAUUCUAACAUUGAAUGACUAAAUUGGAUUCCUAUCUAUUUCUGAUCAAUUUAAUAUCUAUACACAAAUAAAAUAAAAAAAUCUUAAAUAAUAUAUAUCAUAUCCUAUGGCAAAAAAAAGAACCAACAGUGUGCAAAAUUUUUGGUGAACCUCUUACAGUUAAGAACCUUCUAGUCUACUGUCUAAGCCACAUGGAAGCCAGAAGAAGCCAAGGAAUCCCAGACAAUCUCUUUGAAGCUCAGAUGAAGACAACAGCAACAGUCAUCCUCAAACACUGAUAAUAUGUACUCAAUUUAGAACAAUCAUAGUUUUUACCUAUAUAUAACAUUUAUCUUAUUUUAUACUAGUAAGUAUACUAUAUUAUAUUAGUAAGUUAAUAAUCUAAGUUGUUGAAGCUAUACCAUGAAUAAUAAUAAUAAAAAAAAAUAUAAAUAAUAUAUAUUCCGAAAAAAAUGUAUCGGGUAUUAUUGUGUAAUUACAUUAAUUUAUAUUUAAUAAUAAAUUUAAAUGUAAAAUGUUAUUAAUAAUUUUUGACUUAUACAAAUAAAUUCAUUAAAUAUUUAAAAAAAACUAUAUUAAAGAUUUGGGAACCUAUAUUAAUUUAAUAACCAACAUUAAAGUAUGUUUAUGACCUAUAUAAAAUAUUAAACAUACUUUAAUCUUAAAGUAGUGACAUGAGAGAUGUAAACUUAUACACAACUCAUAAAUAAAAGGGAGUGUAAAUCUCUGAGGGUUAAGAGCCCUUAGUGUAGACUAACUUUUCCGUAAAAAAAUUUUAAGUUUAAAACAAGUGUUAACUUUUACAAAUCUAUGUUUUAAUAACUAUUUAAUUAACUUAAUAUUUAACUAUUAAAAAAAUAAAAUAAAAUAUUAUUUGAGCAUAACUACUUUGGUUAUUUUAAGUAUAUGCCACAUGUACAUGCUAUUGCAAUAAGAACCCUACUUAUAAGUAAUAACAUUGAUUUUAUAAAUAUAAAAAUAAAAUUAAGUAAAGGUAAUAUUUAUUUUAUACAAAUAUUAUUUUAUUGUAACAAUAUACACAUUAAAUAAAGUUAAUAUAAAUAAACAUGAAUAUAUAUGAUAUAAGUAUACAAACAUAAAUUGUAUUCAUUUUUAUUAAGAUCUUAGAAAAUUAAAUUAUAACUUAAUUUUUUCAAUAUAAUACCUAAUAUUUUAACAAUAUCUUGAUGUUGGGCAUAUAAUUAGUUUUAUAUUAAUUAUAGAUAUAAUAUACAGUGGGUUAUAGAUAUUAUAAUAUAAUUAUUGGUUAUUUGUUGAGCGUACUUUUAUACGUAUAAUUUAAUCCCAACCAUACAAAUAUAUCACUUUUUGUUUAGUAAAAUACAUAUAUUAUUUAUGUUAAUUAAUAUAAUAAGACUAACAAUGCUCAAAAUAAGUUUGAAAGGUAAUUCAGAAAAUUUUGAUAAAAUAAAAAUUAAGUAUAAAUCAAAAAUAAUAUUUUAUUAAAUACUAUUAAUACCAUUUUUGUCUGCUUGUUCCAAAAGUGCUUGUAAAUUAGUAUCAAAUAAUUCACAUCGAAUUGGCAUUUCCAAGGAAUAGAAUGGAUUUUUCAAAGCAAAAUCAGCAUAUAACUCAUAAAUUUUUUUUAAAAGUUGUUCUAAACCUGUGUGUGUUGGAUCAGCAAUAACCAUAAACUUCACACCUAAAACAUUUUUUGUUUACAUGUGAAAAAUUUCAAAAAUAUUUAUGUUAUACCUGUUAAAGUUUGAAAACACUGGAGUUUAAAUGUAUCAGCUUCUAAUGUUUCAAUUCCUGAACUUCUAGGUUCUGGACUCAGUUGGGAUGCAAUGGCAAAUAGAGGAUAGAACAUACUGGCUAGAAAUAUCUUUUCAUUCACAGUCAUCUUAGGUCGGCCAAAUUUUAAAUUAAGAGGAUAAUUAGCAGUAUCGUUUAGCAUGUCUAAGGCAUCUGUGCCAUCUUCUAAUUUUUUACCAGAAACAGGAAUUCCAUUGAUUGCUAAUAAUACAUGACCGACU